UCCCGCCGCUCGCCGCUCCCCGGGAGGCUGCCGGCUCGCUCGGGACCCCCGGCUCUGACGUGCUUCCCUCCUCCGCCCCAGCUCCAUCCGCCUGCCUGUGCCCAGGGCUCGGGCUCAGAUGUCGCCCUCUGGUCGCCUGUGUCUCCUCACCAUCGUUGGCCUGAUUCUUCCCACCAGAGGACAGACGUUGGAGGAGGCUACAUUCAUUUCUACAGUGGACCCAACUACUGUGAAUAUUCCUGUCCUGACAGAAGUCCCAGACACGGUCCAACCAGAACUCCAGCUCACCCCUCAGACCUCAAUCCAGCAUGCUGAUGAAACAACACAAAACCAGACCGAGACCCAGACCCAACAACUGACGGGAAUGGAUGCGCUUCUGACGACAGAUCCAGGGACCCACAAGAGUGGAAAGGAAGACACCACGAUGCUCUCCGAGAGACGAUCCCCAGGCAAAGACGCCAGGAUGUACCCCCAGACCCCCAGGCCACCUGGUUUGGGUGAGGACAACCCCUUCUUCUAUGAUGAGGACACUCUCCGGAAACGGGGGCUGUUGGUCGCAGCUGUGCUGUUUAUCACAGGCAUUGUCAUCCUCACCAGUGGCAAGUGCAGGCAUUUGUCCCAACUAUGCCGGAAUUAUCGCAGGUGAGUCUAUCAACUCGAAGGCACCCCAAGACCAAGCCCCUCGCCAGCUCACCGCGCCCAGCCUUCUGCCUCCCCUCGAUGAGCCUACAGAAUGGUCAGUAUAAGAAGCCCAGCCUGAGAGGGAAGACACAGAUGGAUGGAGCUGGAGCUGGAGCUGGGGCCGGUGGCUCAAGCCCCCUACCUUCCCAGCCCUGCCUGCUGUUGCAGGCUGCCCGGCUCCCCAGGCACUGCCACUCGAGUUACCCACUCUGUUCAGUCAAAAAGUAAAAGUAAA